AUGCGGAAGAUCACCCUAGUUCAGCACAAGAGGCAAAUAAAAGUGCACCAGAAGAGAAAGGAAAAAAAGAAUAAGAGAGAAGAGCCCCCAUCAGAGCAGGCUGGGAGUGAGGGUGAUUCAGAAAGGCCUGGGGAAGCUCAGGAGACACAUGAAAGUGGGGAGAAGCAAACAAGCCUGCCAACUAGUGAAGCCUUUGGAGAGGGGGAGAGCGACAAACCCCAACCAGUCAUAGGGGAGCCUCUGUCCCGUGAAGACAGCCCUGUUAGAGACCUGGAACAAGGCCCUCCAAAGCUAGAACCAGGGUCCCCAGAGAGACAAGAGAGACUCAUAAUAACAGAGGAAAGCAAAGAUGAAGAUGAGCAGGAAGAAGGCCAAACUAUAAACCGGGAAGAAAUUCUGGCAAAAUACAAAACGCUGAUGGAAGAGAAGGAACAACUCAAUCAACUGAACGUCCGGAUUCAGAACAAGUUGGCAGAGUACUUCUGCAGAAAGACAGGGGACGAUGCCCGGCACGAGAAGGAGAAGCCGGUGUCUGACCAGGAGCAGCGCUACCUCAUAUACAUGGCCAACAUGGAGGAGCUGAAGUGGCAGUAUGCCCAGGACUCAGAGGCCUACCAGCUGCAGAUAGAUGAUCUGAAGGAUUGCUGUCAGGGCAAGCUGAGCCUGGUUGAUGGUGAGUGA